AUGGCGAAUCCCAAUGUCAUUCUGCCUCAAAAGGGCAAGAAGAACAUCCUCGUCACAUCUGCCCUCCCUUACGUCAACAAUGUGCCUCACUUGGGCAACAUUGAUGGCAGUACACUCAGUGCCGACGUCUUUGCGCGAUACAGCAAGCUGAAAGACCGACCGACUCUCUACAUUUGCGGUACCGACGAGUAUGGUACCGCAACCGAGACCAAGGCCCUCGAGACCAAGCAGACCCCUCAAGAGCUCUGCGAUGAGUUCCACGUCAAGCACAAGGCCAUUUACGACUGGUUUGAGAUUGGCUUUGACUACUUUGGCCGUACCACCACCGAGAAGCAGACCGAGAUCGUCCAGGACAUCUUCUUGAAGCUUUACAAGAACGGCUAUCUUGAGGAGCGCACUACGACACAGCCCUACUGCGAGCACCCCGACCACAAGGCAUUCUUGGCCGAUCGUUUCGUCGAGGGAACCUGCCCAAAGUGCCAGUAUGACGACGCCAGAGGUGACCAGUGCGACAAGUGCGGUAACCUGCUGGAUCCCCUCGAGCUGAUCAACCCCAAGUGCAAGGUUGACGGCACCACGCCCAUUCCCAAAGAUACCACGCACAUUUUCCUGAAGCUCGACAAGUUGGCGCCCAAGAUUUCUGAGUGGUUCGAGAAGUCGAGCAAGGAGGGUCAGUGGUCAUCCAACGGCAUCAGUAUCACAAAGUCCUGGUUGACUAGAGGCUUGGAGGGCCGAAGUAUCACCAGAGAUUUGAAGUGGGGUGUGCCGGUGCCGCUGAAGGGCUUCGAGAACAAGGUUAUUUACGUCUGGUUCGAUGCUUGUAUCGGCUACCCUUCGAUUACUGCCAACUACACAUCCGAGUGGGAGCAGUGGUGGCGCAACCCUGACGAUGUGAAACUGUACCAGUUCAUGGGCAAGGACAACACACCCUUCCACACGGUCAUUUUCCCGGCCUCUCAGAUGGGAACGGGUGACAAGUGGACUCAGCUCAACACGCUCUCCACAACCGAGUACCUCAAUUACGAGACUGGAAAGUUCUCCAAGUCGAGAGGUGUCGGUGUCUUUGGAGACACUGCCCAGGAGAUUGGCAUUCCUCCUUCUGUCUGGCGAUACUACCUCCUUUCCACUCGACCGGAGACUGGCGACACCCAGUUCUUGUGGGCUGACUUUGUGGCGGCCAACAACAACGAACUGCUCGCCAACUUUGGUAACUUCUGUAACCGUGUGAUCAAGUUCGUCAAUGCCAAACUUGACGGUGUCAUUCCCGAGUUCUCGGCUUCGUACAAGGACGAGACUUUUGACUUCCCCGCCUGGAUCGAGGAAGUCAACACUGCGCUGAAGGAAUACAAUGAUCUUCUGGAGGGAGUACACCUACGCGCCGGUGCCAAGAAGUUGAUGGAGAUUAGCUCCAAGGGCAACAACUUGCUGCAAUAUCGUCUGGACAAUGCAGCCCUGGCUGAGCACCCCGAACGAACCAAGACCGUCAUUGGUCUGGCCCUGAACUUGUGUAACCUCUUGGCGUCUGUUGCAUCUCCUUAUAUUCCGUCGACCUCGGAGUCCCUAGUGAAGCAGCUCAACACCAAGCUUGCAUUCAUCCCCGACACCUUCGAGGCUGAGGCAUUGAAGCCUGGCCACAAGAUUGGCAAGGCCGCCUACCUCUUCUCGCGAAUUGACGAGAAGAAGAUUGUCGAGUGGAAGGAGAAAUAUGGUGGCACUCAGGCCUCCCGGGCCGCAGAGGAGGAGGCCAAGAAGAAGAAGCAGGAGGACAAGGAGCGCAAGAAGGCUCGCAAAGCCGAGAAGAAGGCCGCGGAAGCUGCCGCUGCCGCAAGCUCAGAACCUAAGAUUGACGGAACGGUCAAGAACCUGCCAAUUCGAGAAAAGAUAAUUGACAAGGAGGGUCCAUUGACCACGGGGGCGAGCACCGUUGGGGAGUCGACUGCGCCGAAGACCGAGUAA